CCUCUUUCAUUCGCUAUGCUUAGGUUUGAGUCUUUUUGUCUGACUCAGGAAUGGUGUCUGGGUUUGUGUGUCUCUUUCUCAGACUUGUCUCUAAUAGGCUUGUAUCUCUCUGGUCCCUAUCUUCACGUCAUGUUCCUUGAAUGAGUCGAUGCCUGGUCUUGUCUAUGUAAUUCACUGUGCCUCUCUCAGUUUGUGACUGUAAUUCUGUUUUUCUCAUUAUGUUUUAGUUCUGUUCUCACUGGCUUGGAAUUGAAUUGCACUGCCUCCCUGUUAGGCUUGUGUUUAUUAUUUUGUAUGUGUGUAUGUGGUUGGGGCUGUGUCUCUCACUGGUUCAGUCCGUGUCUUUGCCUGAUUCUAUCCCUUAGUGCCUGGGUUUUAUCACUGACUUGUUCUCAGUCAGGGUUUGGGGUUUCCAAUUUCUCUCUCUCUGCUAGGCUUGUGUUUGUCUUUAUUCCUCUCUCUCAGGCUUGCGUCUAUCCUGUUCUCUCUCUGUGUUAGGCAUGUAUCUGUCUUUAUUUUCUCUCUGUUAGUCUUGUAUCUAUCUUAUUGUGUGUAUCAGCCUUGUAUCUGUCUUAUUCUGUGUGUGUUAGACUUGUAUCUGUCUUAUUUCCUCUGUGUGUAUAGCCUUGUAUCUGUCUUAUUCUCUCUCUGUGUGUAGCCUUGUAUCUGUUUUAUUGUGUGUGUGUGUGUGUGUAUUAGCCUUGUAUCUUAGUCUCUCUAUCUGUAUAGCCUUGUAUCUAUCUUAUUCUAUAUAGCCUUGUAUCUGUUUUAUUCUGUGUCUAUAGCCUUGUACCUGUUUUAUUCUGUGUGUGUGUGUGUGUGUGUGUGUAUUAGCCUUGUAUCUAUCUUAGUCUCUCUCUCUGUAUAGCCUUGUAUCUAUCUUAUUCUAUAUAGCCUUGUAUCUGUUUUAUUGUGUGUGUGUGUGUAUAGCCUUGUAUCUGUUUUAUUCUGUGUCUAUAGCCUUGUAUCUGUUUUAUUCUGUGCGUGUGUUUGAGUUCGUCACUGGCUGCGGUGGACUCCGGGCGAUGGUACAGCGCCUUGUCCGUGAUCUUUAGGCGGGGACGGGUGCCGGUUAACGGGCGGAGGGGGCAGCUCUUCAUCCCUGCUGCCGGUCUGUCUGCAGCGAGCGGGCCGGCUCGGGCUCGGGUUGCUCCUCCCAGACACACGGCGGGCUUGAGAGGCCGCUUCGGCUCCGGGAGAGGCUCGAUCCGGCCUCGGUUCAUCCUGUGUCAGACGGAGAAGACGGAACAUUGAACAUUAGACCCUGCAGGCCGACAACAGAGCGACCGAACAGUGGACUGAAGCAGCCCUGCCAACCCUCCCGGAAUUAAAGGAGAACCUCCAGGUUCCUCAUUAGGAUAGAUAGAGGUGACCAAGAAUUUUGAAGAUGCAGAGGGCAACGGUUGGUAACCACAGCCCUCCGAUGCUACUGAGAGUGACGCUGGCUCUCAUAUCUCUUGUUGCGGCUCUGCUUUCAGUCACCACAUUCUUCCGGAUGGAACUCCUGCACCAUUUGCCAUGGACAAAGGGACCAGUAGACAAUAGUUCAGAUUCAUGCUCGUAUGGUCACUUCCGGCUGGGGGGAAUGAAGGACUGCCUCUCCUGGUUGUCCUGCGAGGUGAUUCAGAAUGAGGUUACUGUGGUGAAGCUGAUUGGUCGAGGUGCUGUGAAGCAGGUAUUCCUUGCACAUUGGCAAGGGCACAAAGUGGCUUUCUCUCAACUUGCUGUCUCCAAAUUUAGCAAUGACUUCUUUCAUGGACUAGAGAUGCUGAAAGGCUUGCAGAGUGUGUAUGUGGUCAAACUGUUGGGAUACUGCGAAGAAGAUCAUACCAUUCUCACAGAGUAUCAUCCUUUUGGAUCAUUAGUCAAUGUUAAUUCCGUCUUGGAACGAGAAGGACUCCGAGUCUUCAAUACAUGGGAAAAUCGAUUUCGUUUGGCCAUUGACUAUGUGAUGUUCCUGCAGUUUCUACACAACAGCCCUCUGGGUCCCCGAGUUAUGUGUGAUUCCAAUGACCUGAGGAAGACCUUGUCCCAGUAUUUAUUAACUACAGACCUGCAUGUGAUAGCUAAUGAUUUAGAUGCUUUGCCAUUAGUAAAUCGGAGCGCUGGUGUUUUGGUAAAAUGUGGUGUCCGGCAACUUCAGGGUGACUUUGUGGCCCCAGAGCAGCUUUGGCCAUUUGGCAAUGACCUCCCAUUUUCUGAUGACCUCAUGCCUCCAUAUGAUGAGAGAACAGACGUGUGGAAGAUUCCGGAUGUUACUGAUUUCCUGCUGGGCCAGGUUGAAGGAAGCGAUGUCGUCAGACUCCAUUUGUUUCAACUGCACCAAGACUGUAAGAGAAGUGUGCCACAGCAAAGACCCUCAGCAUUGAUGGUUCUACAGAGUUAUAAAGCUGUUUAUACUUCACUUACACAGGAGUCAGAACUGUCUGGUAGUUACAGCAGUGCAUCCCAUGAUAUGUAAUUAAU